AUGGGCUGGCGCGCUGAGCACCCGCCGCACCUCGCCGCCGGCCUGCUCCUCCUGCUGCUAGUCAACCUGCCGGUAACCUGCCACCAAGAUCACCAAGAUGCCGUGCACAUCACGGCGAUCCUCGGCGAGAGUGUCGUGUUCAACUGUCAGGUGGACUUCCCCGAAGACAUCCCGGUGCCGUACGUGUUGCAGUGGGAGAAGAAGGUAGGCGAAACGGGGCAGGACAUCCCGAUCUACAUCUGGUAUGAGAGCUACCCAACCCACAGUGGGGAGGGCUACGAAGGGAGGGUGUCACGCGUCGCCCCGGACUCCCCUUACGGCGCGGCCAGUCUCAAUCUCACGAAUAUACGAGAAACUGACCAGGGUUGGUACGAAUGUAAGGUGGUUUUCCUCAACCGAUCGCCAAACCAACACAAGAACGGAACGUGGUUCCACCUGGACGUGCACGCGCCGCCACGCUUCUCCAUCACACCGGAAGACAUUAUAUACGUUAAUUUAGGAGACGCGAUCAUCCUUAACUGCCAAGCGGAGGGCACCCCCACACCCGAGAUCCUAUGGUACAAGGACGCGAACCCCGUCGAGCCAUCGGGCACCGUCGGCAUCUUCAACGACGGCACCGAGCUGAGGAUCAGCAACAUCAGGCACGAAGACAUCGGGGAUUACACGUGCAUAGCGCGGAAUGGUGAAGGCCAGGUCUCGCAUACAGCGAGGGUCAUUAUUGCUGGCGGGGCCGUGAUCACGAUGCCGCCUACGAACCAGACGAAGCUGGAGGGCGAGAAGGUGCAGUUCUCCUGCGAGGCGAAGGCGCUGCCCGGCAACGUGACCGUGAAGUGGUUCCGGGAGGGCGCCCCCGUGGCGGAGGUGGCCGCGCUCGAGACGCGCAUCACCAUCCGCCGCGACGGCGCCCUGCUCAUCAACCCGGUGGCCGCCGACGACUCCGGCCAGUACCUCUGCGAGGUCUCAAACGGGAUCGGCGACCCGCAGAGCGCCUCCGCGUACCUCAACGUGGAAUACCCGGCCAAGGUGACGUUCACGCCGACGGUCCAAUACCUGCCGUUCCGUCUGGCCGGCGUGGUGCAGUGCUACAUAAAGGCGAACCCGCCCCUGCAGUACGUCACGUGGACGAAGGACAAGCGCCUACUAGAGCCCUACCAGACGAAGGACAUCGUCAUCAUGAACAACGGAUCGCUGCUCUUCACCAGGGUCAACCAGAACCACCAGGGCCGGUACACCUGCACGCCGUACAACGCCCAGGGCACCCAAGGCUCCUCAGGUCCGAUGGAAGUUUUAGUCCGGAAGCCACCAGUAUUUACUGUAGAACCGGAGCCCCUGUAUCAAAGAAAGGUCGGCGAGUCCGUCGAGAUGCAUUGCGAGGCGCAAGAGGCGGAGGGCACCCAGAGGCCGAGCGUGACGUGGCGCCGGCGUGACGGGCUGCCGCUCCAGAAGAGCCGAGUGCGCGCGCUGGCCGGCAACAUCACCAUAGACACGCUGCGCCGCCAGGACUUCGGGAUCUACCAGUGCGUCGCCUCGAACGAGGUGGCGACGAUAGUGGCGGACACGCAGCUGGUGAUAGAGGGCACGCAGCCGCACGCGCCGUACAACGUGUCCGGCUCCGCCACGGAGUUCCAGGUGACGCUGCGCUGGCAGCCGGGCUACGCGGGCGGGCCCGACUACAAGCAGGACUACACGAUAUGGUACCGCGAGGCGGGCUACUCAGACUGGACUAAGGUCCCCGUGACGCCGUCCGGCGCCACCUCCGUCACUAUUAACCGUCUCCAACCGGGCACCACAUACGAGUUUCAAGUAAACAGUAAAAAUACAAUUGGAGAAGGAAUGAUGAGUAAAGCUAUUACUAUAAGAACUUUAGACGUAGGCGCCAGAAUGAAGGUGGCUCCCACUUCUUCGGGGCCUGUAGACGAAAAGAUAUUUCAGAACGCACCCGAAGGCUCUGGUCCGAAGCCGGGUCAGCCGCGCAACCUGACGGUGACGGAGGUGCACAAUGGCUUCCUGAUCACAUGGCAGCAGCCGUUGGAGCGCGCCCAGCUCGUCCAGUACUACACCAUCAAGUACCGCACCGACGCUCAGUGGAAGACCCUCAACCGCGGACAGAUACGGCCCGAGGAGACCAGCUACUUGGUGAAAAAUCUGGUCGGCGGACGGACGUACUACUUCCGGGUGCUGGCUAACUCGGCGACGAGCUACGAGAGCUCCGACGAGGUGAAGUUUCCGGUUCCGGCGCGGGUGAAGCACAAGGCGAUCACCGCGGGCGUGGUCGGCGGCAUACUGUUCUUCAUAGUGGCCAUCAUACUGUCCGUGUGCGCCGUGAAGAUAUGCAACAAGCGGAAGCGGCGCAAGCAGGAGAAAGCAUACAACAUGGUAGCCGCGCGCCUCACCGACCUGCGCGCCGCCGACAGCACUCAAGUGCCUUUUAAGAAAUUUAGUGAACGCGGAAUAUCGAGUAUAGUGCAAUGCCUGCGGUUCACGGCGAACUGGGUCUGGCCGGCGUCGCGGUGCGGCGACGAGGGCCGCUACUGGGCCGUGGUGCGGCGCGUCUCCGCGGCGGCGUCCUCCUCGUCGGCCGCGCCCUCGCCGGCGCCCUCCUCCUCGGACGACGGGGGCUUCCGGCCGCGCGCGCCCGCCGCCGCGCCCCCCGCGGCGCCGCCCUUCCGCGCCUCAUCCCCCGCCCUGGCGCUCCACUGGCCCGCGUGGCCACCGUGGCCGCCGUGGCCCGCAUGGGCGCCGUGGUCGCCGCUGCACGUGUCCGACCUCAGCUCCGUGCCGUUCCCGAGCUCGGCGGACGGCUCGUUCCCUACGCCGCCGUCGUUCCGGCUGCGCGCGCUGCCGCCGCACGAGCUCGCCCUGCGGCCGGCCGGCGCGUUCGCGCGUCCGCGUCGCCACGGGCGGCCGCGCCCCGCGCCCGAAGCCCCGCCCCCGCACGAGGCCUCGCCCGAGAGCCGCUCCUCGUCGAGCGGCUUCGGCAGCAAGAACGCCUCCUCGCAGCACAACCGCAGCAGCAGGACCGGCAGCCUGGCGGAGUGGCGGCCGCCCCCGUACCGGCCGCCGCCGCCGGCGCCCCCGCCCCGCCCCGGCUCGGGCGAGGCGGCGGACGCGGGCUCCGUGGACGUGCACUACGAGUGGGACCGCGCCACGCGCACGCCCACGCCCUCCACGCCGGAGCGCACGCGCACGCGCCCCUCGCGCGACGACGUCGAGGCGCGAGUGCGCGCCAUGAAGGAGGAGUUCCUGGAGUUCCGCAAGCGGCAGGCGCUGCGCCGACGCUCCCCGGAGCCGCUGGCGCCGCCGCCCCCCCUCUCGCCCCUCUCGCCGCUCGCCACCCUCUCCACCCUGUCCCCCCUCUCGCCCCUCGCAGCGCCCGUUCCCGCCGAGACCGUCUGC